AACACCGACGAAUUUAUAUCCUAAGCUAACUCAGACCUAAUUGUCUCUAUUCCUAAGAUUUCCCCUUCCAUCGGACCCUUACUCGUCUCCCUUCCCCACUCCCACUCCCACUCAGCUUUGUCUCAGCCUCUAAGACAAGCCGGGGCUUCUACCCUCAACUUUCCUUAUAAAGCUGCAGAUCUAGCUCUGGACUAGGGUUUCUUCGCUCCAUCCACUUUCAUUUCGUCGACAAUUCAACCCAGUCGUCGGAGAUUUACGUAGAUCCGGUCCACAGUUUCAAAUACGCAGCUUAUAAAACGAAAAGUAUGAGUGAUAACCACAAGUUUCAGCUGGGGACGAUAGGUGCUUUGACUUUAUCGGUGGUGUCAUCCGUCUCCAUUGUCAUUUGCAAUAAGGCUCUUAUCUCCACUCUCGCUUUCAACUUUGCCACAACUUUGACAAGCUGGCAUCUCCUGGUCACAUUUUGUUCUCUUCAUGUGGCCUUAUGGAUGAAAUUGUUUGAGCAUAAACCUUUUGAUGCAAGAGCUGUCAUGGGUUUCGGUAUAUUGAAUGGGAUAUCUAUUGGUCUUUUGAAUCUUAGUUUGGGUUUCAACUCUGUUGGUUUCUACCAGAUGACAAAACUGGCAAUUAUCCCCUGCACUGUUCUGUUGGAGACUCUUUUCUUCAGGAAGAAGUUCAGUCAGAAUAUCCAACUUUCAUUGGUCAUUCUUCUUCUGGGUGUUGGAAUUGCAACUGUGACUGAUCUUCAGCUCAAUUUAUUGGGUUCCAUCCUCUCUCUUCUGGCAAUUGUUACUACAUGCAUAGCCCAAGUUAUGACUAAUACCAUUCAGAAGAAGUUCAAAGUAUCUUCAACCCAACUUCUCUACCAGUCUUGCCCUUACCAGGCAUUAACUUUGUUUAUCAUUGGCCCAUUCCUGGAUGGGCUUUUGACCAACCUGAAUGUUUUUGCUUUCAAGUAUACCCCUCAAGUUCUGUUCUUCAUUGUACUUUCAUGCCUGAUAUCUGUCUCUGUCAACUUUAGUACAUUUAUGGUAAUUGGAAAGACAUCCCCAGUCACCUAUCAGGUUCUAGGACAUCUAAAAACAUGCCUUGUUUUGGCUUUCGGUUAUAUUCUUCUUCAUGAUCCAUUUAACUGGCGCAACAUUUUGGGGAUCUUGAUUGCUGUAGUUGGAAUGGUCCUUUAUUCAUAUUGUUCUGUUGUUGAGAGCCAGCAACAGAAAGCUAAUGAAGUAUCAGCACAACUGCCACAGGUUAAAGAAAGUGAAAGCGAUGUUCUGAUUAGCGUGGACAAUGGAAAUGGGAGGUUGAGUGAUGGUGUUGUACCAAAAUCUCCUCCUGUAUGGAAGUCAGACAAGGACCUCCAAGCCUGAAGUCUUUUAAAACAUUGUUAUAUUCGUCGGUGAAAGUUAUUAGCAACUGUAAAACUGUUCCACGAUGAGGAUGUUGCUGGUAAGGGUGGCCUUUUUUAUGUGUUGAGCGGAGAAACGGUACCGGUUUGGGGCAGUUUAUUUUUGAGACGACAACUUGUUCUAUAGAAUAAAUGCAUGCUAGUUUGAGGGUGAAAAGGAAUGCUUAAUUCAUCAAUUAAGUUAUGUGUUUACUGUUAUUCUAUAUUUUUGAAGAAAUGAAGGAUAGGCGAACAUACCCUGAAUGAAUAUAUGCUUAUUUAGA